CUCUGAUUGGACGUGGCUGCGCUCGGCCUGCCAAUGGCGAGAGGGCGCGCAAGUUCCCGGAAGUGGCAGUGCUGUAGGCGCCGGCGUGGGCUUUAGUUACCGGUUUGGGGUCCCCUGUGCCCAGGUUGCAGCGCUAUGAGUUCCUUCGAGGGACAGAUGGCGGAGUAUCCGACCAUCUCUAUAGACCGCUUUGACAGGGAGAACCUGAAGGCCCGCGCAUACUUCCUGAGCCACUGCCACAAGGAUCACAUGAAAGGAUUAAGAGCUCCUACCUUGAAAAGAAGGUUGGAGUGCAGCUUGAAGGUUUGUUUAUACUGUUCACCUGUUACUAAGGAGUUACUGUUAACCAGCCCGAAAUACAGAUUUUGGGAGAAACGAAUUAUAUCAAUUGAAAUUGAAACUCCUACCCAGAUCUCUUUAGUUGAUGAAGCAUCGGGGAAGAAGGAAGAGAUUGUUGUGACUCUCUUACCAGCUGGUCACUGCCCAGGAUCAGUUAUGUUUUUAUUUCAGGGCAAUAAUGGAACUGUCUUGUACACAGGAGACUUCAGACUGGCGAAGGGAGAAGCUGCCAGAAUGGAGCUUCUGCACUCUGGGGGAAGAGUAAAAGACAUCCAAAGUGUAUAUUUAGAUACUACUUUCUGUGAUCCAAGAUUUUAUCAAAUUCCAAGUCGGGGGGAAUGUCUGAGUGGAAUCUUAGAGCUGGUUCGAAGCUGGAUCACUCGGAGUCCGUACCACGUCGUGUGGCUGAACUGCAAAGCAGCUUACGGCUAUGAAUAUUUGUUUACCAACUUGAGUGAAGAAUUUGGAGUCCAGGUUCACGUGGAUAAGCUAGACAUGUUUAGAAACAUGCCCGACAUCCUUCACCAUCUCACGACGGACCGCAAUACCCAGAUCCACGCGUGCCGACACCCAAAGGCAGAGGAAUAUUUUCAGUGGAACAGAUUACCCUGUGGAAUUAUUUCCAAAAACAGGGUUCCACUCCACAUAAUCAGCAUUAAGCCAUCUACCAUGUGGUUUGGAGAAAGAACCAGAAAAACAAAUGUAAUCGUGAGGACGGGAGAGAGUUCAUACAGAGCUUGUUUUUCUUUUCACUCUUCCUACAGCGAGAUUAAAGAUUUCUUGAGCUACAUCUGUCCUGAGAAUGUGUAUCCAAACGUCAUUCCAGUAGGGACAACUAUGGAUAAAGUGAUAGAAAUCUUAAAGCCUUUAUGCCGAUCUUCCCAGAGAACUGAGCCGAAGUAUAAACCACUGGGAAAAUUGAAGAGAGCUAGAACACUCCACCAAGACUCAGAGGAAGAAGAGGAUGAUCUCUUUGAUGACCCUCUGCCAGUACCUCUAAGGCACAAGGUUCCACAUCAGCAAACUGUUCACCCUGAGGUAUUUUCAGUGACUGCAAUGUCAGAAAAACAGCCUGAAAAAUCGAGACAAAGCACAGGGUGCUACAAAGCAGAGGGUAUGCAAAGCUCUUCUUUGGCAAACUUUGUAGAUUGUGAAGAAUCCAACAGUGAAAGUGAAGAAGAAUCAGAGAUCCCAGCUUCACUGCAAGGAGAUCUGAGCCCUGAACCACUUCCCCAGCAAAAGGCUGAGGGGGAUGUACCGCAGUGGGAGGUAUUCUUUAAAAGAACUGAUGAAGUCACAGAUGAGAGUGUGGGAAACUGCCCUUCCUCUACAGAAGCAGGGGGAUCUCAGUCACCAAAGCUUUUUAGUGACUCUGAUGGAGAAUCUACCCACAUCUCUUCCCAGAAUUCAUCUCAGUCAACACAUAUAACAGAACAAGGAAGUCAAGGCUGGGACAGCCAAUCUGAUACUGUUUUGUUAUCUUCCCAAGAGAAAAAUGGUGGGGAUAUUAGUUCCUUAAACAAAGUUGGCUGUAGACCUAGAAUCAAAGAGAAUACUCCUGCCUCUCACAUGGAACAAACUGUACUUUGCCCAAAAGACACUGACUCUGAUUUGAAAAGCAGAGAUCAAGAUUUAACUAUAGUGUCUAGUGUUAGAGAACCAACUUCUCUCAGAGGUAGGGAACAUACACCUGAGGAAAGAAGUCUGCCAAAUCUUAGCACAAAUGUGGAUUCCCAGAGCUCCUCUGAGUUCGAAAUUUCCCCAACUCCAGAAGCUGAGCUACCUAAACAAGAGCAUUUACAAUAUUUAUAUGAGAAGUUGGCAACAGGUGAGAGUAUAGUAGUUGAAAAAAGAUACUCACUGUUAGAUAUUUAAGAAUUAAAAUACUUCAUCCUAGAGCAGUCAUUAAAAAAAUCUCUGCAAAGAGAUAUUAUCUACUUGUCUAUUGAUAAUAGUCAAUAGAUAAAUGAAAAUGGAAUACCUAAUGUUCAAAUAACCUAAAAGAAGGCAGUAAAGAGGAAACAGGAACAAAAAACAGGCAAAAAACCAGAAAGCAAAUAAGGAGGUAGAACUAAAUCCAAGCCUAUCAAUAAUUACACUGAAUGAAAAUGGUAUAGACAAACCAUUGAAAAGAUAGACCGAGAGCUGAGUGUAUGACUCAUACUGUAAUCCCAGCAUUUUAGGAGGCUGAGGUGAGAGGAUUGUUUGAGCCCAGGACUUCAGCGCCCUAGUGAGCUGUGAUCUUGCCACUAUAUUCCAGCUUAUAGCAGAAGAGUGAGAUCAUGU